AUGGCGACACAUCGAUUUGACCCCGAUUUCACCGACAAUGUCAUCAACUCUAUGGGGUCUAAGACCUCGCCGCGUAUGCGCCAGCUCAUGACCGGUUUAAUCAGACACGUGCACGAUUUCGCGCGCGAGAACGAGCUCACCGUCGAUGAGUGGAUGGCUGGCGUGGAGAUGCUCAAUUGGGCGGGACAGAUGAGCGAUGAUAAACGCAAUGAGGGGCAACUAGUCUGCGACGUGAUCGGACUUGAAUCGCUCGUUGACGAGAUCACUUUUACUUUAGCUGAGGAGGCUAAGGACGCACCUACUGCCACUGCUAUUCUUGGACCGUUCUUCCGUGCGGAUACCCCGUAUCGUUCUAACGGCGAUGACAUCGUCAUCAAUAAGCCCAAGGAUGGCCAGAUGGCGUUUAUGCACGGCCAGAUUAUGGAUUUCGCUACCCAGAGGCCGCUCGUUGGUGUCACUGUAGAGGUGUGGGAGGCUUCGACGAAUGGGUUGUACGAGCAGCAGGACCCUGAUCAGGAUGAGUAUAACCUGCGCGGCAAGUUCCAGACUGAUGCUGAUGGGCGGUACUACUUCUACUGCUUGCGGCCGACACCGUACCCUGUUCCAGGUGAUGGUCCCGCGGGAAAGCUGCUGGCGCUUAUGGAUCGCCACCCUUUCCGCCCUGCUCACAUUCAUAUCAUGGCUACUCAUAAGGGCUACCGUCCUCUUGUUACCCAGAUCUUUGACCGCAAGGGCAAGUACCUGGAGAAUGACUCCGUGUUUGCAGUCAAGGAUUCACUUGUCGUAGACUUUAUUCCGCGCGAUGGUGACCCUCACGCUGCGCUUGAGCUUAAGUACGACGUGAAACUUGUGGCAGACACGCAAUCCGACAGUGUGUGA